GGCCCCCCCCACUUUGGCGGAAAGUGAGUGAUGAGUCUGUGUCCCCAGCAAAGAGGCAAAGAACUUGCUUUGCAGACUGAGUAGUUGUUUCUUCGGUUGUUGUUGUCUCUUUUUUUCUCUCAAAGUGUUGUCCUUACCGUGGCUGCCACUCGCCUUUGGUUUUCCUUUUUCCUGCCUUUUUACCAUUGUUGUUACUUUCCCCGGUUUUGUUGGGUUUGUUGUUUUUUGGUUUGUUUUCCUUUUUUUCGGAGGAGGGAGGGGUGGCUGCCUGGCUGGCUGGCGGGUCAGUUGCAAAAAGCGAGCGAGCAAGAGAGGAAAAAAAAGAAAAAAAAAAAAAAAAAGCCAAAAAAAAAAAAAAAAAGGAGCAAGGGAAAAAAAAAAGAGGAACAAAACAAACCAAACAAACCAAACAAAACCAAACCAAAAACCAAACCAAACAAACAAAAAAACUUCACUCGGACCUGAAAGUGGCAGGAAAGUGCCUGGCAAGUUGCAGGGAUGGAGCUACACAGCUUGCAGGAGGCGUUAAAAGUGGAAAUCCAAUGUCAUCAGAAACUAGUUGCACAGAUGAAGCAAGAUCCACAGAACGGGGAUCUUAAGAAACAAAUCCAUGAAAGGCAAUCAAGAAUAGCAGCUCUUAAUGAGAAACAAUUUCCUCACAAUUCAUUGUGGACUUGCCAAGCCUAUGCCUAUAGCUGCCUGAACACAACACCAGCACUCUUCUAGAAGGGUACUUCUCCCUCCAGCUUCACUCUUCCUCCCCACUGCCUCCUCCUGCGACCUUGGCCCAGUUGUUUCUGCAGCUAAGAUAUGAACUGAGGUGGGUUAGCAACCUGUGUUAAAACCUAGAUUUUGUUCCAUUACCAAGUUAGCUUUAAUUAGGAGCACUACUGGUUUAUUGGGCAGCUCUCUGAAUGCUCAUGCAGUCACAUAGGUGAGGAUAGCUCAUGAGAAUGAUCAGGAGACCAGGACUCCUUUGGAAGCACUGUAAAUUCAUACUGGCAUACAAUGUUUGGUAAAACAUGGUCUGUUCCCCUCACCUCCUGGAGAAGACCAUCAUUAUCAGGCUUUAUGUUAUUUUUGCCACAGUUCUUCUAAAGGCUUUAGCUCUUCAGGGGAAAAAAUAGUUUUUGGAAGGAAGGAAGGAAGGAAGGAAGGAAGGAAGGAAGGAAGGAAGGAAGGAAGGAAGGAAGGAAGGAAGGAAGGAAGGAAGGAAGGAAGGAAGGAAGGAAGGAGAGAAGAAAGAAAGAAGGAAAGAAGGAAAGAAGGAAAGAAAGAAAGAAAGAAAGGAAGGAAUUAAAGAAUUAAAGUGGAGAUGAAAGCAAGAAUAAAAUGAUGCAAGGCUGUAUGAAGUCACAGUAUUGAUGGAGAAAACUGUUCAGAGAGCUGCAUCUUCUACAUUGAGAGCUGUUAAAAGUCCUCACUUCCUGCUCUGCUGGAAUCCAGUGCAAUAAGUAAAACUUCAUUUUGCCUCUUAUUUGCCACAUUCUUUUUCUACAUCAUGCCUUUGCAGUUCACACAACUGAAGCUCAAUCUUAUCGUGAGAUGGGGGUUACACCCCAGACGAUCUUGGAAUGUGGGAACUGGAACAAGGACUUCCUUUUUCUCUGCGAGUGGCUUGACCUGUGUUUGAACUUGGAUCUCUAGGGGCUGCUGCAUAAACCUUCCACUGAACUCCACAGCUCUGUCCUUGCGUUCUACUCUGGAUAGUGUUUCUCUCCUGUAGAAGACAACCAUGGAAGUGUAAAAAACCCUUGGGUGCAGUACAGAAGAAGACA